GGGGAGAGAUCCGAGGGGAGCACGAGCCGCGCCCGCGAAGCCCACGUUGGAGCGGCGGCUGGAUCACACCGCCAGCGGCACCCCACCGAGGCGGAGCCAGAGGGCCACGACCUGGAAGCAGCCCCCGAGCCCCGAGCUCCCGUGGAGCGGAGCCCUCCCGUGGAGCGGAGCCCUCCGGUGGAGCGGAGCCCCGAGCUCCCGUGGAGCGGAGCUUGGAAGCAGGCCUCCAAGCCAGGGGCUGCGUCCUCCCGUGGAGCGGAGCCCUCCCCUGGCCUUCGCCAGGGCGGGGGAGGGUGG